UGCACGUAACAAAUCGAUGAGUUGUACAAGAAGGAAUGACACAGGCCAAUCAAAAGCCUCGACGACUUCUGUAAUUGGUUUUUUUAAUUGCUACUGCAAUCACUUAAGUUGACCUCAUAGUUCUAAGCUCUAAUAGAAAAGGAUCAGGUUUCUGUAAUAUCGGGCUUCAAUAGCGGGUAUGCUGGACAGGGAACUGUAUGAAUGGAUUCAAUCUGUUCCGGUUACAGGCCUGUUAUUAGAGGCAACUUUAAGCAGUUCUCUACAAGCUAGUUUACAUUGAACAGGGCCAUACACCUUGUAAGCUCCAUAUUCAAUAGAAAACAUGGGUUACAUUAGUGUGGUAUGGAUCUUGUUUGUUCUGGUAAUGUUGAAGCAUAAGGGGAAUGCAGGAUCUGAGAGUAACUGGAAGGAUGCCCAAGAGAGGGACAAGAUAACCCACUUGCCUGGCCAGCCUAACAAUAUCGAAUUUUCACAGUACUCUGGAUAUGUGACAGUAAACGAACAGGCUGGCAGAGCUCUGUUCUACUGGCUAACUGAAGCUACAACAAACCCAUCUUCAAAACCACUUGUUUUGUGGCUCAAUGGAGGUCCUGGGUGCUCCUCUGUGGCAUAUGGAGCUGCAGAGGAGUUGGGUCCUUUCCAUAUCAAUUCUGAUGGAAAGACACUCUUUCUGAAUCCUUAUUCAUGGAACAAGUUGGCCAACAUAUUGUUCUUGGAAUCACCAGCAGGGGUGGGCUUUUCCUAUACAAAUACUUCAUCAGAUCUGCAGACUUCAGGAGAUAAGAGAACGGCUGAAGAUGCAUAUGUUUUCUUAAUCAAUUGGCUUGAAAGAUUUCCUCAGUACAAAUACAGGGACUUCUACAUAGCUGGCGAGAGCUAUGCAGGGCACUAUGUCCCACAGUUGGCACAAGUUGUUUACAGAAACAGUAAGGGCCUUCAGAAGCCUGUCAUCAAUUUGAAGGGUUUCAUGGUUGGUAAUGCAGUUACUGAUGACUAUCAUGACUUAAUAGGAACUUUUGAAUAUUGGUGGUCUCAUGCCUUGAUAUCUGAUUCUACCUAUAAGUUGCUCAAGGAUACAUGUGACUUUACAUCAUCACAACAUCCUUCUGAUCCAUGCCAGAUAGCCCUUAAUCAGGCUGAUAUGGAACAAGGAAAUAUUGAUGCAUACAGCAUUUUUACCCCAACCUGUAAUAUCUCUGGAAGUCAAAGACAUAAACUGCAAAGCCACUAUCCUUGGAGAUAUAAAGCAUAUGACCCAUGCACUGAGAGAUACUCAGAAUUGUAUUUCAAUCAACCUGAAGUACAGAAGGCAUUUCAUGCGAAUUCUACAGGCAUUCCAUAUAGCUGGAGUACUUGCAGUACCACGCUGGAAAAGUACUGGAAAGAUUCGCCUAGAUCAAUGCUUCCCAUUUACCAGGAACUCAUUCAAGCUGGUAUUCGAAUUUGGGUAUUCAGUGGAGACACUGAUGCAGUUGUUCCAGUGACGGCCACAAGAUAUUCUAUAGAUGCCCUGAAGCUUCCAACUUUAGUUAAUUGGUAUCCCUGGUAUGACAAAGGGGAGGUUGGGGGAUGGACUCAAAUAUAUAAAGGGCUAAGUCUUGUGACAGUCAGAGGAGCAGGACAUGAAGUUCCACUCCAUCAACCAAGGAAGGCCUUCAUCCUCUUCAAUGCCUUUUUACAAGGAAAACCUAUGCCAAGAUCAACAUCUUAGGAUAUGUUAUGAAUCUUAAUCAUAUUAUUUGUCAGCCAAAGGCUGCUUUAUUGAAAAUUAGAAUGUUUCUAAGUAAUAAAUUAUUAUUGAAAUGACCAUUCUUUUCAUAAUUGUAAGAAAACCAUUGUAACAAGGUUAUCCCUUCUAGGGCAUGUAAUAUAUUCAGUGAUUAGCUGAAGAUAUUGAUUGGCUGGGGUGGGUACCUUUUCCACCAACGUCCUUUCCAUUCCUCAAUUCAUCUAAUUCAGAUUGUUAUGCAAGUAUUCCAACAGUGUUUGCAGCCAUGGAGCUACUGCAUCAUUUUUAAUUCUAUUUCCACUGUCCCAUCAUUUAUAUUCUUAUUCAAUUCUCCAGAAGCAGCUCUCAACAUUCUUAUUAAUAAGCUAGCAGAAUUUUUUC